CGAUGGGAUGCGGUGAGAAUGCCACUGUGGCAGUCUUCAAGGUUUCCGUCUACAGUUGAAAAAAUUGAUGCUCAUUAUCAAAUAACACCGUUUUUUAUUAAGAGCUUUAAUCCUGCCUCUUUGCAGGAAUGGAAAUGAUUCGUUCCUACAAGAAUCAGCCAUCGGAGAAUCCGCAAAGAAGAUUUCAAACGGAGGUAAUUCGUCCCAGGACAGAUACAUAGGACUGGUUUCCCGGGCACAGAUUAAGCCUAGUCCUGGAAUAUAAAUCAUUUUCAACUGAGAUUCUACCAUUUAUCUCUGGGGUUUUCUGGUCCACCACUAGGCUUAAUCUGUGUGUGAAAACGCAUCUUAAAGUAUAAAGGCUUGAACAUGCAAAUAGCCACAAAUUGAAAUGUCUUGUAGAUUAAACACAAGGCUGUACUGUAUGCAUUCAUUAUUCAACAGUAACGAGACAUACUGUAACACAUUCCUUUGCUUCUUGUUUUUUUCCCUCAGUGUUUUUGUUUGCAUAACACCCGCAUAGAUCCACUGGCUUAUCCUCCUGACUAUCAUUAUGCCUUGAGUUCAUUUAUCGUUUCCAGCAAAGAACAGUCAAAAUAAAUACCUCCCUUCCUGCCUGAAAUGUAAUAAAAGCCAAAGUUGUGGCAGCUGUGGAGUUUUUCCAAGAUGGCCAACGUUACAAACAGAGGCUUUUAUUUACUCUAGCAGCUGAUGCCCCCCCUCUCUAAAUCUCUGCUGUCUGAGAGGCAAAGUGUCCUGUAUAGACUGGCAGAGAGACAGAGACACAAUCAUAUUCAUAAGAGAAGAGAAUAACCAGAAACCAUGGUUUGGACUGCGAUAAGCGCUUUGCCCUGUGGUGUAAUUAUAUAGUUAUUUCAGAGGUUUAUCUCUAUCUUCAUCAACAUAGUUUUACAAGCAUGUGUGUGUCUGUGUGUGUCUGUGUGUUCCCUCUGAUCUAUGUCAUUGUUGCGACUCAUAUGCCUGCAGCUUGUCCCCUCAUUCACCCCCCUUGACACACACACGGACACACACACACACAAUCACCCCCAACACAAUGGCAAUAUUCAGCUGUAGAACAGGGGUCCUCCCUCCGCCUCUAAGGGCGCGACAUUGAACGGGGGAAUGAAGAAAUGCCUGGCUAACACUGAGGUUGCCAUGGAGAAACCGUUUCUCUCCCCCACCCUGUGUCUGUUUCUUCUUUCAGGUCUCAACGGGGGGCAACAGGGGUGUGUCUGUGUGUGUGUGUGUGUGUGUGUGUGUGAGCGCGCGUGCACGCAUGUGUGAUUGAGAAGGGUUGCGCUAAUAUGGAUUAUUAUGUCUAAUUAUAAGGCCUUGAUCCUUUAUAUAUAUGUAACAGUCAGUGAAUGGGGUGUCUACAAGGAGCCUGCUCUAAAAUGAAGAGACUAUGGGAAGAAUGAUCACCGUAUUAGCAUAUUUGUCCAGAAGGCAUUGUUGGAGCGGUAGCGUCCCAUCACGACGUAUGCUCCAGGUUGUGAAGUGUGGUAUCAAGACUGUUACUCUAUUAGCAUGCAGUCCAUUGGGCUUCCAUUGUGGUAAAGCUACUAGCAUGUUAGCAUCUGCCAGUAAAUGAGUUUCCCCAGAGCAGUGGGCACGCUAGGCUAGCACCCACCAUGACGUCAACUCUAAGUCGAUGAAAGAGAUUGAUGAAUGAGCGCAUUAGCAUGUAGCAUCAUGACGUCAGCCUCAGUUCGUCUUGCUGGCCAGGAGGUUGGCAGGGGUCGUUUGUCCACCGAGCAAUGACCUGCCAAUGACAAUGGGAGCGUUCAGUCGCGAAGGGAGAGGGAGACCAAACACACACACAGUCUUGCUCAGUCUCACUGCAGGGACAGCACAGUGUGAGUCCAUCCUAUUGUUCAACAUGCAGCAAAUCUAUAAGCACUGUGACUGGAGGAGAAAAUGGUUCCAACAAUAUCAUUCUAACUCCAGAGUUCCAUUUCCACAGGGUGUCCAGGGGUGCAGGCAGUAGAAUAGAAUAGUCCAACAAUAGAAUGUUAUUGUCCAUUGGUGGAGAAGGGGAAUACAUUUAGCUUCUUCCCAACCCCCUGAGACAACACACACAGCAGUGUAUGUCUCACACUGUCUACACACCAUUAGACACCUUCACAACAGUUAUCAAUGCAGACGAUUCAAACCCUGCCUGUAUCUGUAUGAAUGUAUACGAAUGAGUAUACAGUAUGUACAUUAAAUCUGCAUUUGUUCACUGUGAUGCAACAAUACUAACCCUCUGCUGCUGUAUUUAAGGGGCUGUUCAACAGUCGGUGACCAGACGCCUCAGAUCCUGCAUUCUUACCCUUCAGCUUUAUGUUUGGUUAUAAGGUUGUGGUAGAUGUGCUGUAAACAUCAUUGACUUGUUGGUAGCCUGUUUUGCCAACAAACAACGAGAGAAAGCAUUUCAUUCUCUAUGUUCCUCACUCACUCUAGUGGGGAUGAAUGCUAUUUUAUAUUGCGGUGUCACAGAAACCAGGCAAGGGGGUUUUAUUGAAGUGGGCUCUUGAGGCUCUAAUUGAAUAGAGCCCUGCGUGGUUUUUACAUUUAUGUGUGUCCUGUCUCCUGCUGUUCCCUUCUGUCCCCUGCUGUCCCUUCCUGUCCUGUCCCCUCCUGUCCUCUCCCUUGCUGUCCCUUCCUGUCCUGUCCCCUCCUGUCCUCUCCCUUGCUGUCCGUUCCUUUCCUGUCCCCUCCUGUCCUCUCCCUUGCUGUCCCUUCCUGUCCUGUCUCCAUCCUGUCCUCUCCCUUGCUGUCCCUUCCUUUCCUUUCCCCUCCUGUCCUCUCCCUUGCUGUCUCCCUCCUGUCCUGAGUCCCUCCAGUCUCUCUCCUGUCCUGUCCCCUCCUCUUCUGUCUCUCUCCUGUCCUGUCCCCUCCUCUUCUGUCUCCCUCCUGUCUCUCCUGUCCUGUCCCCUCCUCUUCUGUCUCCCUCCUGUCCUGUCCCCUCCUGUCCCCUGCUGUCCUGUCUCCAUCCUGUCCUCUCCCUUGCUGUCCCUUCCUUUCCUGUCCCCUCCUGUCCUCUCCCUUGCUGUCUCCCUCAAGUCCUGUCCCCUCCUAUCUCCCUCCUGUCUCUCUCCCCUCCUGUCCCCUCCUAUCUCCCUCCUGUCUCUCUCCCCUCCUGUCCCCUCCUAUCUCCCUCCUGUCUCUCUCCCCUCCUGUCCCCUCCUAUCUCCCUCCUGUCUCUCUCCCCUCCUGUCCCCUCCUAUCUCCCUCCUGUCUCUCUCCCCUCCUGUCCCCUCCUAUCUCCUUCCUGUCUCUCUCCCCUCCUGUCCCCUCCUAUCUCCCUCCUGUCUCUCUCCCCUCCUGUCCCCUCCUAUCUCCCUCCUGUCUCUCUCCCCUCCUGUCCCCUCCUAUCUCCCUCCUGUCUCUCUCCCCUCCUGUCCCCUCCUAUCUCCUUCCUGUACUGUCCCCUCCUAUCUCCUUCCUGUCUCUCUCCCUCCUGUCCCCUCCUAUCUCCCUCCUGUCUCUCUCCCCUCCUGUCCCCUCCUAUCUCCCUCCUGUCUCUCUCCCCUCCUGUCCCCUCCUAUCUCCUUCCUGUCUCUCUCCCCUCCUGUCCCCUCCUAUCUCCUUCCUGUCUCUCUCCCCUCCUGUCCCCUCCUAUCUCCCUCCUGUCUCUCUCCCCUCCUGUCCCCUUCUAUCUCCUUCCUGUACUGUCCCCUCCUAUCCUGUCUCCUUCCUGUCUCCCUCCUAUUCCCCUCCUCUCCUGUCCCCUUCGCCUCCCCUCAGCCCAGCCCUCAGUAAGCACAUCUGUCAGCGCUGUCAGGCUCACCCUCUCACUGCAGUCCCUUCCUGUCCUGUCCCCUCCUGUCCUCUCCGUCAGGCUCACCCUCUCACUGCUGUCCCUUCCUGUCCUGUCCCCUCCUGUCCUCUCCGUCAGGCUCACCCUCUCACUGCUGUCCCUUCCUGUCCUGUCCCCUCCUGUCCUCUCCGUCAGGCUCACCCUCUCACUGCUGUCCCUUCCUGUCCUGUCCCCUCCUGUCCUCUCCGUCAGGCUCACCCUCUCACUGCUGUCCCUUCCUGUCCUGUCUCCAUCCUGUCCUCUCCGUCAGGCUCACCCUCUCACUGCAGUCCCUUCCUGUCCUGUCCCCUCCUGUCCUCUCCGUCAGGCUCACCCUCUCACUGCUGUCCCUUCCUUUCCUGUCCCCUCCUGUCCUCUCCCUUGCUGUCUCCCUCAAGUCCUGUCCCCUCCUAUCUCCCUCCUGUCUCUCUCCCUCCUGUCUCUCUCCCCUCCUGUCCCCUCCUAUCUCCCUCCUGUCUCUCUCCCCUCCUGUCCCCUCCUAUCUCCCUCCUGUCUCUCUCCCCUCCUGUCCCCUACUAUCUCCCUCCUGUCUCUCUCCCCUCCUAUCUCCCUCCUGUCUCUCUCCCCUCCUGUCCCCUCCUAUCUCCCUCUUGUCUCUCUCCCCUCCUGUCCCCUCCUAUCUCCCUCCUGUCUCUCUCCCCUCCUGUCCCCUCCUAUCUCCCUCCUGUCUCUAUCCCCUCCUGUCCCCUCCUAUCUCCCUCCUGUCUCUCUCCCCUCCUGUCCCCUCCUAUCUCCUUCCUGUACUGUCCCCUCCUAUCCUGUCUCCUUCCUGUCUCCCUCCUAUUCCCCUCCUCUCCUGUCCCCUUCGCCUCCCCUUAGCCCAGCCCUCAGUAAGCACAUCUGUCAGCGCUGUCAGGCUCACCCUCUCACUGCAGUCCCUUCCUGUCCUGUCCCCUCCUGUCCUCUCCGUCAGGCUCACCCUUUCACUGCUGUCCCUUCCUGUCCUGUCCCCUCCUGUCCUCUCCGUCAGGCUCACCCUCUCACUGCAGUCCCUUCCUGUCCUGUCCCCUCCUGUCCUCUCCGUCAGGCUCACCCUCUCACUGCUGUCCCUUCCUGUCCUGUCCCCUCCUGUCCUCUCCGUCAGGCUCACCCUCUCACUACAGUCCCUUCCUGUCCUGUCCCCUCCUGUCCUCUCCUCAGGCUCACCCUCUCACUGCUGUCCCUUCCUGUCCUGUCCCCUCCUGUCCUCUCCGUCAGGCUCACCCUCUCACUGCAGUCCCUUCCUGUCCUGUCCCCUCCUGUCCUCUCCAUCAGGCUCACCCUCUCACUGCUGUCCCUUCCUGUCCUGUCCCCUCCUGUCCUCUCCGUCAGGCUCACCCUCUCACUGCAGUCCUGCGGUCCUGCUCACCUCGGUGAACAUUCAACGCUGUCGGUGAGUUUGGUAUGA